GGGAUGGCGGAGCAGUGGGAUCUGGACGAGGAAGGCAUCCGCCGCCUGGGGGCGCUGAGUCUGGAGCAGCCCGAAUUGGUGGAGUCUCUUUCAUUGCAGGGAUCUUAUGCUGGAAAAAUUCAUUCCAUUGGUGAUGCCUUCAGAAAUUUUAAAAACCUUCGAUCCUUAGAUUUAUCAAGAAACUUGAUCACAAGCCUGAAGGGCAUCCAGUAUUUAUGUUCACUCCAAGACCUGAAUUUAUAUUAUAACAACAUUCCUUCAUUAGUGGAGGUGUCCCGCCUACAGCCUUUACCCUUCCUCAGAGAACUAGAUUUGAGACUCAAUCCUGUUGUCAGGAAAGAUACAGAUUAUAGGCUCUUUGCUGUGUACACGCUACAAACUCUGGAGAAACUGGAUGACCGAGCUGUGCGGGAAAGUGAGAGAAAAGCUGCCAAGCUGCAUUUUAGUCAGUUGGGCAACAGUGAAAAUUUUCUUUUAGAGGUGGAAAAAAGCUCUAGGGAGAAGACAAUGAAAAACUGUGUGACUGAUGAGAGCUCUGCAUCAAAAGUCAAUGCCGAUGUUGAUAACAGAAUUGAAACUGACUCAAACAAAGGACUUUUUAUUCCCUUCCCCAAUCGGGAAAUAAAGGAUUCCCUAAUGAGUACUUCUGCAACCCCGGGCAGUGGUAUACCAGAUCAGAAAUUAGACACUUUCCCGCUGGGAACACAGGAAGUGGCAAGAAGGGAGAUCCCAAGUGACAAUCACCAGGAAGAUGAAUUUAGACGCUACUCUCCUCGUCAGUCUACGGUCCGAUCCCCAGAGAAGAUGGCUAGAGAAGGGUACCGACUAUCUUUUUUGGACAAUAAGUCUUCAGGUUCUUCUCCAGAAAAAGAUUUGAUACUAAAACCUGAUAAUCACCAGCUUACCCAUGAUGUCUCAUUGGGUAAACGUCUGGAUGUGGGUGAUUCUAGCCAGAUCCAUCCCUAUCAGUUACCUUCAGAUGCUGGUCUAGAAAAUUAUGAUUGUCAUUAUUCUCACAAUCUGACCCUGCAUGGAAGUCUUGGAAAAAGGCCUCAGAGAAGCAAGAACUACCGUGAAUAUAGCAUAAAGCCUUCAAAUGACAUGAAGGCCACCACAUCCCAUUCCUGUGGAGACUUACUGACUUCUCUGUCAAACCCUGACUCUAGCACUGGAAGGCUUUUAAAGCUUAGUUCAGAUCUGUAUGCCACAACACAUUUCAACAGUGACCCUGCUCUGCUUGUUAAUGUAGAGCAACAAUUAUCUACCAGUCUCAGUGAUAUAACACCAGCGCAUGGUUCUUUCCCAAACAACUCCGCCCUGGGAGACUCUCUACGGACACUACUGUUGCCUACUGGGACCUCCGAACACAGAGAGAAUCUGACCAAGAGGUCAUUAAGCCCAUCGAGGAGAGGAUUCAAAUGGAAGGACAAUAUCCUUGCCACCCUGAAUCCAAAGACUGGUUUCAGAGAUGCUACGGGAAGCGAGCCUCUCUCCAGUGACCUGGGCAGUUUGCAUGGUUUGCCAGGAAACCACAGUCCGCCGAUCUCUGCCAGAACCUCCCAUGUGGCCACUGUCCUCAGACAGCUCUUGGAGCUUGUGGAUAAGCACUGGAAUGGCUCUGGCUCUCUUCUUCUUAACAAGAAGUUUCUCAGUCCUGCCCGAGAUUUACUUCUGACUUUGGUAGUCCCUGCUCCUUCCCAGCAGUGGUGUCACUCACAUCCUGAAGAUACAUCAAAAACCUUCUGCAGGAGAGAGAUGGAACUGAAGGAAGCUGGGCAUGUGGUCCCUAAUGACAUGGAAAGUUUGAAGCAAAAACUGGUCAGAGUGCUAGAAGAAAACCUCGUUUUGUCAGAAAAAAUCAAGCAGUUGGAGGAAGGUGCUGCUACCUUGAUUGUGAGUGGGCACCAGUCACACACUUAUGAUGAUCUUCUGCGCAAAAACCAACAGCUGAACAUGCAGGUGGCUUGCCUGAACCAGGAGCUUGCCCAGCUGAAAAAGCUGGAGGAGACAGUGGCCCUUCUCCACGAAAGUCAGAGAUCCCUGGUGGUAACUAAUGAGUAUCUGCUGCAGCAGCUGAAUAAAGAGCAAAAAGGUUAUUCUGGGAAAGCACUCCUGCCUCCUGAGAAGAGUCAUCAUUUGGGGAGAUCGUCACCCUUUGGGAAAAGCACGCUGUCUUCCUCCUCACCAGUGGCACAUGACACGGGUCAGUAUCUAAUACAGAGUGUCUCAGACUCUGUUCCAGAGCCUAGUUUAUGGAGCUAGUGCUGAGCACCUUCUCUGCAGCUUCCCUCUCAGCCCCAGGGGGGCUCUCGGUGUCAUUGCCACUAGUAUGGUGGUAUUUACCCACAAGAUUAAGAAAAAAUCUUAUUCCGAUUACAUUGUAUUGGUCCUUUUUAUUUCCUUUUUUUUUU